AUCGUCCAGUCACAGUAUAUAUCCAAGUCACAAACAGCCUUUGCGGAAGUGGUUGGAAGUAUUUCUCAGUUGCAGCGGAAGCGGUUCCUGUCCCGUGUUAGGUCAACAUGUUGUGUCUGAGGGAGUUGCAGAGGUGGAAACCUGUCUUAUGUCGUUAUGGAAACACAGGUGUGCGGAGCUUCGCGGUCGCAGCAGAUGAAGCCGGACGGACGGAGGGCGGGCUGGUGAACAUGGAGAACCCGUACAGAGAGCCCCAGAAGGGCUGCGUCCUCUGUGACGUCACGGUGGACUUUAAAAACAUCCAGCUGCUCUCUCAGUUCAUCUCGCCGCACACGGGCAGGAUCUAUGGCCGCCACAUCACAGGUUUAUGCGGAAGGAAACAGAAAGAAGUGUCGAAGGCGAUAAAGAAGGCUCAGUCCAUGGGUUUCAUGUCAGUGACGCACAAACAUCCACAGUUCAUGAAGGACCCUAACAUCUGUGGAAUCAAACAUCUGGAUUAGUGUGAAACAUCUGUGUGUCUGUGUAAAUAAAGUUUCUCUGCUGUCA